AUGGGAACGGGUGAUUCAUUAAAUAACCUUGAGGCAAUAAGUGAUUCUGAAAGCGAAGAACGCUUAUCCAAAGCCACUUUGGAGUCACUAAGUGACACGGAUGGUGACUAUCCAGAAGCUAUUUCAGAUACAGAAAAGGAUUCCACUGAUAAUGAGAGUGAGAACGUAAGCUAUAGGUCAUACGAUAACACCUCCUCGCAUAUUCAGACCCUGUACCAGGACUCAGCCUCUUACACGACGAGUUCCACGAGCAACGACUAUUCACCGUUCAACGAAGUGGAGCAGUUUAACUUGGAUACAGGAAGGACUAAUGUAGGCAGCACUGAAGCCAACGAAUACUCGGAGACGUACGGAUCGAAGUAUCUGUCAGAGUACCUGCAAUACCACCCAGAUAAGUCAAGGCAGCUGUCAAUGCUCACGGACCACGCCUCAAGGAGGAGGAAGCUGGAGGAAAUAUUCCCAGAAAAUGAACUUAAAACGAAACUGGCAGCCCUGGAAACAACUCAGAUUUCAAUCGAGGGGUUUGCAAACGGAGUAAUACAGUACUCGUACCCACCAGGGCCGAUCCUGCAGCUUCUGUUGGACGUUUUCGUAUCGCUGCCAGUGAACGCGUCGAGCGUAAGGCUGGCCAUCUUCUACGUGUACAAUCACCUCAUUCAGACAUUUACAAACGAAAAAAUCUGGAAGUACUCAGUGUCGUUCCAAUACUCGGGACUGGACAGAUUCUGCAUACCAGCAAUCAUCCACACCAACAGAAUAAAGUGUAACAAUAUAAUUCACAUUUGUAACUGCAUUAACAUUUGGCGCCAGAGGGCAGUAUACACCAGGGAAGUUUGCGAUAAGCUGGAGCACAUCUCCACAAACACCUCAAUCAUAAAAAACGCCCCGUCAGUAAACCACAACUUCAACGUCAACGACGAACUGGGCUAUCUGAACGUACUGUACCAUAUUUUUAAAAUGCCCCUGGUAAACGAAGCAUACAACAAAGCAGUCUCGAACUGCAACGUAGAAAGACUUGUAAACUGUGAUCCCGAAAGGGAUGGAGAAUACAUGGACGAGUUAAUUGAGUUAAACAAGGAACAAGAGUUCAACGAGGCCGGAAGGCUGUCAGGCCAGGAACUGAUCAUAGUGAACAGCGCGUGCCUGGACCUGGGAGCCCUAAUCAAGGAAAACGACCACAACUUCGGAGUGCUAUCGCGAGAAAUAAGCAAACUGGAAGCCCUUUUGAACAGGAAGUGA